UCCGGCUGCCACACUUCACCCUUUCCGCGCUGCCUUCUCGGUUCCAGCUUCUCAGGAACGUAUCUCAAAGCGUCAUAACUUAGUCGUGGAUUGAAAUCUCAUUCACCUACUGAUAGAGCUUCUUCAGGUUCAAACUACCCUUGCUCCCACUCCAGUCAAGUUCUUCCCCGGUUACCAUCCCGCCUUGGUUCUUCCUUCCCCAGACACGUUAGUGCUUCUCGUGACCUCGUCACACAUUUGCGCUUCCUGCUUUCCUAUUUAGCGGCGGGUUUUCUAAUCACCAUCCACUACUAUAUCAGAAACACCACCUCCCAAACAUCAUCUGAGAUUCGACUAGUACUUCCGAGCUCGACCCUAAGAAACUCGAAUUCGACGCAAUGACAACCAGCGAGUUGAGACUCGACUCGAGCAAGAUGAGAUCGAGGUUGAUACACGCGGUGUUCCUCCUCUGCACCGCCGCGCUACUAGCAGCCGCGUUACCGCCCACAACAGCCAGCGCGAGAGACUUCGAACGGUAUGCCAUGCGAACGUCGCGAAUCGGUGGUAACUCGCGAGUGAAAUGGCGUCGCCUGCAGGUCGUCCAGUGCCCCCAAAACCAGACCACCUGCGGAUCUCUGUGCGUGGACCAGUCGACGGACAUCAACAACUGCGGGGCGUGCGGCAGCUUCUGCGACGUGUCGCUGGCUUGCUGCGGCGGCAGCUGUGCGAAUCUCGACUCCAGCAACGACCACUGCGGCGCCUGCGGGGCGCGGUGCCCCGGUCAGUGCACCCUCGGCAUCUGCAACUACGGCGCUGCUGCUGGCGGCGGUGGUGGAAGGAGAUAGCGAGCUGGUAUGGGAUAUGGGCGAAUGCUAUACUGCACAUGGAGAUGCUUGAGAGGGAGAAGCUGGACUAGGUGCUGAAGAGAAGGGCAUCAUAGGACAAAGAGCGCAUUGUCCUAUAAUAAGCUCUUCACUUCCCUACAGAACAAUAAAUGGCCAAAGAAUUU